UAAUAAUUCACUAUUCUCUCAGUUUGGAAAUAGAAAGCAAUUUAAAAUUUCUUUUUAUCAAGCAUUUUAAAGAGACAAAAAAAAAAAAAAAAAAAAAAUUUAUUACGUUAAAUUAUAACCUAGUUCUUAUGGAUGCAACAUCUUUAAUUAAACUUCUGGAUGAUGAUGAUGAUAAAAAUGAUGAUGACAAAAAGAAUGAUGAUGACAAGAAGAAUGAUGAUGGAAAGAAAUGGAAUGACCUGUUGAAACGAUGUCUCAAUCAAUCGAAUCAAUCGGAUUCGGUGGAUGAGUUCAUUACCGAAUUAUCAAACUCUUUUGACAAAUACCUACCGAAACUUCAAGCGUUUACUUCCCACCUCUGCGAUAAAUAUUUACAGGUCGUUACAAAUGUCAAUUUGAAACGGAAUAUCUUACUUGCUAAAUUCAUCUCACGUUUAAUCACCGAUGUAAUCAAGGAAAACCUGCACAAAUCUUACAUUUUUGGCUUUAAUGAGCUCCUUCACAACUGUGUUGAACUUCUCUGGUGGGCUGGUAUUAAAGAAAAUAAUAAACCGAAUUCAGUCUUUAAUACAAUUAAAAACAUCUUUAGUGCAAUCAUGCAUGCUAAUAUUCUGGAAGUUUUGAUAUCAGAAUUGUAUGGUUAUCAUUGCCUUAAACGUAUACUGUUUGACUUCAACCUGAUUAAACACAUUGAGCAGGUAGAGUUGCUCAAGGCGGUAGAUAUAGUUGCUGAUCUUGUGGAAAAAUGUCCUGAGCAUGUAAAUAACUUAUCGUUGUCAGAAGGUUUUUCUGUAUACAAAGCUUGCACUGCACUAUUGAGAACUCUAAGAGAUUACGAGAGCGUUGAUAAUAAGGAGCAACAUUGGCAUAGGAGGCAAACUGUCGGUAAAAACAGCUUGUUUCCUUUAUCUAUUAAAGAUGAACAGCAUCUCACAUUAUUGGGGAUGAAGAUGCCUCAAAAGCUUUCAGAUUUACCUCACUUUUCACGAGCUCUUGAGCAACGAAAGAUAGAUUCAUUUGAGAAUUUAAUGGAACUUUUUCCAUGUAUAAGUUGCCAAAGGCAGGCGCUUAAUUAUGUUUUUCCUGAUGAAUACAUUUUGGAAGACGAGUCAGCACCAUCAAGAUGCUUUCACCUUCCAUUUGAAUUUAAUGAAGAUGAUAAGCUCGGACCUUGGGAUAUCUUGCUUAGCGAAGACGCAAUUAAAGACCUGCAACAUUUGGAAUCAAGACCUGAUGUGAUUAGGUUGAUUAUGCAAAAACUUGGACAGAUAUCUUCUGGAGCAUGGGACAGACAUAAGUUGCGAUGUAACGCAAUGCAAACUAGUGCUAUUCCGGUUUAUGAGAUAGUACUUCCCGAUAAUGGUCUAAAGAUUCUUUGGCAGAUUGAUUAUGGAUUUACUAUUCGUAGCAAUUCACUUACGCAGCUUGUCAGGAUUUGGGCUGUCACCGAUAAUAAGGAACAAAUAGACCAAGUAUUAAAUGACCUUUCAAUAGUUCAUCAAGUUUAUACUUCAAAGCAGAGACAUUGGUGUAUGGAACAAAGAGCUAAAAAUAAUUUAGUUUUACCAAAAAUCCUUGGAGAUGGAGAAGAUACGGGAUCUUCUGAAGACAGGGUAUAUGCCUCAAGAACGGAAGAUGAGUUGUUAAUGAUUCAUAAAAAGCUUGUUACAAAUAAAUUUGUUCCAUUAUCAACGAACUUGUAUAAGUCACUAGUCUUGGGUGGUCUUAGAUUUACCUUUCAAGUAUCUAAGAGAGAGUAUGAAAUUAUUAAUUGUCCUACAUCAGCGAUCGUUGUUGGUCGAUCAGGGACUGGUAAGACUACAUGUAUUGUGUUUAGGCAAAUCGCUUCAUACCUAAAUAGCCAAAUCUACGAAAACCCAUCUUUAUGUGGCAAUAACAGAAAUUUUUACAAAAGACAGAUAUUUAUUACAGUGAGCUAUAAUUUGCGUCACCACGUAAAGAAAUAUUUUGACAGGUUGUUAGAAUCUGCUGAACUUGCUGGAAAACAGAUAACUAAGGCGGAGUUUCGUAAAUAUAGAGAGAAGAAAGAGAGGGGCGAAUGUGUUUCCACUUUAACAAUGCGCGAAGAGAGAGAUGAGGAAAAGGAGUUAAAAGAAAUUCCAAACACGUUUAAUUAUCUGCAGCUGACAGAUGACAAAUUUCCUUUGUUUAUUACUUUUGACAAAUUUUUUGAAAUGCUUCAAGGAACUUAUGGUAUCAAAAAUCAGGACUUUAUAAUACAAAAAAAAUUGAAUGCAGAUAAUAUCGAUUUAUAUGACAAGGAUAAAGAAAGAUUUAACCGAAUAACAAAAGACACAGAAGAAAUUUUCGUGAGUUAUGAUAGAUUUCGGAAAAAAUAUUGGCCAUCUCUUAAUGAUUACAGUAAGAAAAAAUUUGAUUGUGAGUUGGUUUACUCUGAAUUUUCUAUUAUUAAGGGUACAAAUCCUGAAGUGGAUUUCUUAUCAAGAGAGGAUUAUAUAGACGUCAGUAUCAAAAAGUAUCCAGCAUUUUGCUAUAACCGUGAUGAGAUUUAUGAUUUAUUUCAGCAUUAUGAAAAGAUGAAGGCGCAAAGGCAUGAAUAUGAUUCGAUGGAUCGAACGUUGGCCAUCUUUCGUCGCGCCAAAAAAAAAGCACUGGGUAGUUUACAUAUACAUGAAGUAUAUAUUGAUGAAUGUCAAGAUAAUCAUAUUAUGGAUUUAGCCCUUAUCCUAAAGGUUUUUGACCGUACUAGUAGCAUUUUUUUUGCAGGAGAUAUAGCACAAUGUAUUGCUAAAGGGUCUUCUUUCCGAUUUCAAGAUUUACAAGCCUUAAUGUAUCAAUGGGAACUUACUCGGAAAAAUGACAAUAUUUUAAAACCAAAAUUAUUUGAUCUGAAUAUUAAUUACCGUUCCCAUAAUGGAAUUCUUAAACUUGCUGCUUCAGUGGUUAAACUUAUCCAGCAUCUUUUCCCUAAUUCAAUUGACCAAUUAUCAUCUGAACGUAGUGAGGUUGACGGUCCACUGCCUAUUAUCGUUAAUGAGUUUAAAGAGGAAUAUUUUAAUAUUUUAAAUAACAGGCCAAAUGAGCUUAAAUUUACGUAUGAUAUUUGCAGGGAAAUGAAAUUUAAAAAACGAAGUUCACUUAUCGAAUUUGGUGCUGAUCAAGUGAUUAUUGUGCGCAAUGAAGAAGUUAAAUCACGUGUAAUGAAAUUAGUCGAUAAAGGUGCAAUGGUGUUAACCGUGUUAGAUGCUAAGGGUAUGGAGUUUAAUGAUGUUCUUUUGUACAAUUUCUUUACCGAUUCACCUGCAUGCCGAAAGUGGCGGGUAAUUCUUUCUGCUGUAAAAAAAAAGUCCGAGCGUGUACCGGUCUUCUCUCACGAGAAGCAUUAUAUUCUUUCAUCAGAGCUUAAACAUCUAUAUGUUGCAGUAACUAGGGCUCGACGGAAUAUCUGGAUCUGCGACGAAAAUACUGAGUAUAGCUUACCAAUCCGAGUAUACUGGGAACGCUGUGAGGAAGAUCGAGAAGAAGAUCAGGAAGAAGAUCGGGUAGAUCAAGAGGAAGAAGUUCGAGAAGAAGAAGAUUGGGAAGAAUAUCGGGAAGAAGAUCGGAAAAAGGAUCAAAGGCUAUUCAGGGUAAAAACUAUUUCUAAUUUGGGACAGGCGAAAACCUUUUUUUCUAAUUUGGCUAAGAAAAGUAGUCCAGAUGAGUGGGAUCAAAAGGGAAGAGAUUAUUUUGAAAAACAGCAAUAUGAGCAGGCUAUUUUUGGUUUUACGAAGAGUGGAAAUGAAAAGGAUCGUAAACUAGCUUAUGCAUAUCGUCUUCGACAGAUCGCUAGGGAUUCUAGAGAUGAUGAUUUCAAUGAAGAUACUAUAAAAUCUAAUUUUACUAAUGCUGCUAGAGCUUUUCAGGAAUGUUCUCGACCAGACGAGGCAGCUAAAUGCUAUCAGAAAAUUGGCAUGUAUAAAGAAGCUGGUGAUAUUUAUGCCGAAGAUAAGAAUUUUGAAUCUGCUGCAUAUAGUUAUCUUAAGGCAUAUAUGUAUCUAGAAGCGGGUAAAUAUUUUGAAAAGGUAGAGAAGUAUGAUGAUGCUGCUUUUGCUUACAAGGAUGGUGAUCUUGAAAUUGCGGCUAAAUUUAUACUAAGUUACAAACAAGAAAUUAAAAACAGGACAUUUCGACAUGUUGCUCGUCACAUUAAAAACAGUUAUCAUUCUGUUGCCAUUUCAGAUGGUAAAUUUGAUAAGGCUGUUGAUAUGUAUAAAAUAUUGAUCGAUGAUAAUAAUGAUGAUGAUAUUGAUGAAACAUUAGAAUUAAUCUUGUAUAUAUGCAGAAUUGAUAUGUUGAAGGAAACAAUAAUAUAUAUUACAAGUCCUAGUACUCUUCAAAAAUAUCUUUCCAAGGCGAAAGAGUUUAUCAUGGAAUUUGAAUCACGAUUGAUAAGUAAAUCUGAGAAAUGGAAUAAUUUAAUAGAAGAGUUUAAUUUAUAUUCAGCUUACUUAGAUAAGGAUUUUAAUAAGGUUUACGAGUAUAUACAAUUUUUUAGGCAUCGUAAAGAGCUUGCUACCGAGUUUCAUGCGGUAAACAUAUGGCUGCAGAUUCUUCCACAAUCAUCUGGUAUUCAAUCUAAACAUCAUUAUGAACGACUGAAAAAUCUGCAAUGGAUGUGUGAAUUAGUCUUUUCUUUUAUAAAUAUUAUCAAUAAUAAAAAGAGAAAUCAAAUCAAAAAGAAUUUUGAAGACAUUUUCUGUAUAAGAGAAGUUAUUAACCUACAAAAACGGCAAAUUUCAUUUGGCAACCCACUUCUCAAUCUCGUAGACAAACCGUUUAAAAGCAUGAUAGAGAUCAGCGAAGAAAACAGGAAUGAUCAGCAUAUUUAUGAUGCGAUUGAUGUACACCGAAGUAUUUUAAAAUGUCUUGUCCCACGCAUUUUUAAGCAUAUCCAAAAUGCUGACCAGAAGGGUAGAAAUAUUCCAGAUAUAAGUUAUCAACUGUGUUAUAAGUUUACUUCCUGUGAAAAAUCAGGUUGCCGGCGACAUCAUGUGAAACCAACACCAUCAAUUCUGUAUCAACGUUUGAUGUUUUCCCGUCUCCAAUACACCGUAAUGAUAAUGUUCGAUGAUGUAUUGGAAAAGUAUCUUAAUUACAAACAAAUUAAAAAAAUUCGUAACUUACAAAAGUGGUGGACUGAAAGAUUGAUUAAAAUUCAUACUCGCUAUCAAUCUCCACAAGUAAGCUGUCCGGAAGCCACUUAUAUUAAAUUCCCUGAACGUGAGACGCUUAUUUAUCCUGCUCGCAAGACAUGGUUAUUCAAUUUUAAAGACAUCAAUAACUUUGAAGUUAUAUUGGAAUAUAUGUUUGUUUUUCAGUGGUUGCAAGAUAGACGGAGUAUUAAUAAGUUUAAUUGGAAAGUAUCAAAAACAAAAAUCCUUUCACAUUCUAACAAUUUGCCUAUUGGUUUUGAGUACUACAAAGGGCAUAACAAAGCAAUACCAGUUGGAAAUCGACUUUCAUCAUUCUUUUUUCAUCUUUAUCUCAAUAAUGUGAUUAGUGCAAUUUCAAAUAUAAAAAUAUUUAUCCAAUAUGCUAUUGAUAACGCACAACUGGUUAAUCUUGUUACAUCUGAUGCUUUUGGUAAUUUAAUUUCUCUUAUAGAAUUUACUAUAUCUUUAGUUUUUACAAUUAAACCUGGAUAUUGUGACUUUUGUAUUCCUCGGGCUUUUUUGAUUAAUUAUUUUGAAGAGUUCACUGCAGAGCCGCUUAUUCCAGAUGAUCAACAUAAUUAUGACAGGGAGAAAUAUCUAGAUAUGAUUAAUAAUUCUUUUGAUCAAGUCCAAAAACUUCUUAACCUUCUUAUUUGUGAAGAGCAGGUCUACUUGUCAAUUAUUCUUCGACUGAUACGUCUCUUGAUCCUCGUUAGUCUAAAUGAAACAAAGCUUGCAACAAAAGUCAUUAUUCUUUUCAAAAAUUUGAAUCGCAAAGUCUUUUCUGCGAAAAUUAAAAAAUAUCUGGAAAAGGAAUCUUUGGAACAACUUACAAAUGUUUUAUGUAACGAUCUUAAGGAAACAGGUUGUGAUUACCUUGUUAUUGUUUACCAUUAUGCGAAAUAUACAGAAGUUUUGUCAAAAUUUUCUAGAAUAGAAAAAAAUAGUUUUAAGAAGCUUAGAUAUAAAUCUACUAAAGAAUUCCAUUCUGCUCUCCAGCAGAUUAAAUCACCGGUAAAUAAUCAGGAAAAUGUUACAACUGUAAAUAAACUUCAAGUUUGGUAUUGCAAAAUUCGUCGAUCUCAAAAAGCAAUUAGAAAAAUUCAAGGCUGGUUUCGCAGGGUAAUAAAAAUCAGAAAAAUUCAGGCCUGGUUUCAUAAGUUAGAAGCUGUCAAAAAAAUUCAAAGCUGGAUUCGCCGAGUUUAUAAACGGGUGAAAUCACGUCAACCUGGUUAUGACCCAACUCCGAAUAAGAUUUACAAUGAUAUGGUGGUAUUCUGCAAAAGUAUUGCGAAAGAAGUAAACAAAAAAUCGGUGUGCGUAUAUAAUAUUUUAUUGAGAGGCCAGACAGUGGAUAUUGUUGUGAAGCUCCUUAGGCUAUACAAGCGGAUGAAAGCAUUUAUUAAUAAAUGUUCUCCAGAUUCAAACAAAAGUAAUCGCCGUUUAGAAUUGGAAGAUGAACUAAGGAAUAACCAUUAUAAAGAAGUUGAACAAGCGCUAAAAUCGUUGUCAAUAACUGAGAAUUCAGCGCAACAUAAAGAAGUAAAUAUUAAGUGGUUGAAAAAAGAAUUGCAACAAGCAGAGGAUAUUAUUGAUCAAUUUCAGAACUGGGUGGAUGAAUACGAGGAUGAAGUUAAUAGUAAUAAAAUUUUCCAGCAAAAAGAAUUUUGAAUGGGACAAAGUGCAACCAAACGUAAUAUUUAUCCUUAUGAUUCGUUCUAUUUAUUUGCGGUUAUUCCAUUUCCAGCUAUCAAAGUUAUGAGUAAUUUUAUGUGAUAAAAUUUAUAUUUGCAAAAAAAAAAAAUCCGAUUUACUAGUCUAAAAGUUAAAACCAAAUAACAGUAUUUUUCAACUGGAUGUGAUAGAUUGUAGUAUUUUAGGAUAUUAUUUAACCUUUAUAUAACAAUUGGAUCUCUAAUUUCCAAUCUAAAUAAUGUAAUUUUAUUUACUUUUAAAAAUUUAAGUCAAUUAACUGUUGAUCUAAUUGAUUUUUUCUAUGUAAUUUGUUAAGUUAUUAAGUAAAUAAAUGAGUCCAAGUUCUAAUCAAGAAUAAAAUUUGAUAGUACCUAUUGCAAUGUUGCAUGUAUU